AUGUUCGCCCUACGAGGAAUCGGCAAGCUCAUCUUCGGCUCAAGCGCACAGGAAACCUUGAUCGAGUUGCCCCAAGGCCAACUCUACCUCGUUCGACCUCUAUCGCCUAAAGGCUAUUCCGAACUCAUCUUCAGAGAUUCGGCCAUCCGAAUCCGUCGCACCAACCAAGAAUUCCAAUACCAACUCGUCGUACAGCGUGUCUUUGAAGAGGGCGAAGCGGAACUCCUUGCCGAGGAAGAAGGUGAAGACGCUGAAAUCGACGCUCUUGCAUCCGAGAAAGACGAAAAGACCUUCCUGCUAGACGAAGCUUUGUCUUUCCGUUUCGAGAUCCGAGAAACUGGCGACAAGGUUCUUGCCUGGAAGGAUCUCAGCGGUGAUACUGGUGACCUGUUCCAGUUUGUUUGCGACUCCACUGUCACAUCAGCGCAAGUACAGCAGUUUGUGAGAGUCGCUCAAGAGUGCCAGUACGAACGCAAAUACCGCAAGCACAACUCCACUGCUACAGAGGCCGACCUCCAGCAAUUUGAGUUUGAAGAGGAGGAUCCUAUCCCACCUGCGAGCCCACUUCAUAGCCCUACACUUGCUCGAUCUAUCGAGUCUGUUGACGACAUGUUGUCCAAGAAUGCCGCCAACUCUGCUGCAAAGCGUGCCCCAGAGGUUAUUCCGGAAGUGGUCCCCGAACAGGAGAUUGAGCCUCAAGUCUUGACUGGACCCGAUGCCAACAACCCGCCUGAAGCCAUAGAGAUCUAUGCUGCUGUUACGGCAGAACUUCAUGUAUUCGACCCUCAGCCUGGCCAUUUCGCCCUUGUCGACGACUCCAUCAUUGCCCAGGUCUCGGAAGUUGGCAAGUGGGAGUACUGGCUUCAGAUCGAGUCCGGUGACAAGGCUUACCUGGGUACUCCUGUCGUCGCAGACUUCAACCCGGUAUUUGAUUUCGAAUACCUCUCCUUCGUCUUCAACCACUUCAGCAGUGACGGAACCGCACGAUCCUGGCUGCUUCGAUUUAAGGAUCAGUCUACUCUUGAGAAGUUCCAAGAGGCAAUUAUGCAAGCCAUUUGGGAAAGGCUAAACGAGACCAAGUGGCAGAAAAUGCAAGAUAAGGAACGCGAAUAUGUUCUUGAUGCUUUUGGCGAUUUAACUAUGGAAGACGCCCCCGAGACCGAGGAGGAGGAAGAGGAGGAGGAAGAAGAAGAGCUCGAAGACGACCGUGCCCGAGACGAAGAAUAUGACAGCGAUGAGGAGAACGACAGCACCUUUCCCAAGAAUGCCGAUGGUGAAGUCAACUCUCAGCUGGCAGUCGGCUACAAGCACGACCGCUCCUUUGUUGUCCGCGGGUCUAAGAUUGGUGUAUUCAAGCACACGCCUAAUAAUCACCUUGAAUUCUCCACCAACAUUUCCAAGGUCACCACUCCAUCAGGCAAACUGAUGAAUCCCAAGAAGGUCAUGCUGCACAGCGAGGAUCGCGAUCUUAUUUUGCAAAACGAAAUAGACCCGAACAAGCUUUACCGUAUGGAUCUGGAGUACGGAAAGGUUGUUGACGAGUGGCAUGUGCACGAUGAUAUUCCCGUUGUCACAUUUGCGCCCGAGAACAAGUUUGCACAAAUGACGUCUGAGCAGACCUUCCUAGGUGUCUCGAACAACGCAUUGUACCGUGUUGAUCCUCGACUGUCUGGAAACAAACUUGUAGAUGCAGAUAUGAAGCAAUACGCAUCCAAGAACGACUUCUCAGCCCUUGCGACCACCGAAAAGGGCUAUAUCGCUGUUGCCAGUAACAAGGGAGAUAUCAGACUGUUCGAUCGUCUUGGCAUCCGAGCCAAGACCCAACUCCCUGCUUUGGGUGAUCCGAUCAGUGGCAUCGAUGUCUCUGCUGAUGGUCGUUGGAUUUUGGGCACUACCAAGAACUAUAUCCUCCUUGUUGAUGCUCAGCAAAAGUCUGGAAAGAAUGAAGGCAAGCUUGGAUUUGAGAAGGCAUUCGCAGCCACUGAUAAGCCUCAUCCUCGACGACUCGCAUUGACCCCUGAGCAUGUUGCUCAGUUCUAUCACGAAACGGGCAAGCCUGUUGACUUCACGCCUGCGAAGUUCAACACUGGAGAGGGCGCCGAAGAAACAAGUAUUAUCACUGCCACCGGCCCAUACAUUAUCGAGUGGAACUUGAAGCGAAUCCUCCGAGGCAUGAAGGCAUCCUACAAAAUCAAGCGUUACGAAGAAGAGGUCAAGGCCGACGACUUCAAAUUUGGCUCAGACAAGAACGUCAUUGUCGCACUGCCUAACGAGGUCAACAUGGUGGCUAAGCAGAGCCUCAAGAAGCCAACUCGUGAGAGCAUUGUUGGCAACAUCCGGCUGGGUGGCGGCUCGCGCCGAGGCUCAGGGCGUAUUGGGAACCAGGAGAGUGGUAGAUACAAGUUGGGCAGAGAUGACAUCGUCAAUGCUCCCUAUUAG